AUGGCAGGCACACGAGAGGCCCUGAUCGACUCACUCCUAGUGGCUAGCCGAAGACAGCCCCGGGUGCACUUGCAGAGGCGCAACCGGACAACUUUCACAGCACCGCAGCUGAGCGAGUUGGAGGCGCUGUUCCAGCGGACACACUACCCCAGUUUCUACCUGCGAGAGCAGCUAUCGCGCAGGAUCAGUCUCUCGGAGGCCAGGGUACAGGUUUGGUUCCAGAACCGUCGAGCAAAGUGGCGCAAGCAGCAGCGUGGCCUGCAGCCCCCGCCCCAGUCUCUGUUGCGCAGAGCCGACACCAUCUGGGCGCCGCUGCCUUUGAGGCCACCGCCAGGUGUCGCCACCAGACUGGUUCCCCCACAGCAGCAGCAGCAGCAGCAGAGGGCGCAUUCAGGCAUUGCCGACGUCGGUGCCCCCCAGAGGCCAGAACGAUGCGGCGUUGCGCCCGGGGCCCAUUGUGGCACUACGGGCCCCGGAGACACCUCGGCUGUGGCAGCCGUGGUCGGUGACAAGCCGGAGCCGCUGUGCCCGUGUCUCACUCUGCAGGCUUCGCCGUCUUCGUGGGGUCGACUGCAGCGGCUGGAAGCCGUAACGCGUCACAGUCAGCUGCAGCCUUACCUUGCGGCGUUCGUGGCGCGCCAAGAACACGUCGCCAAACAACGCCUGGCGUCACCCGUACAGUGA